AUGGACCGUAUAUCGAGCUUAUUGGGGAUACCGUAUUUACGGGAAGCGAAAGCGUUCCUUGGACCUGAAUUGACUCUGACGCUGCAGGCGCUGCAAAUGAAGGCAAAGUUGGAAUCAGAGCAGUCAACAUCGCCUGGUCCUGGAAUGCAGGGUAUUGUCACCGGAUUCUGGGUGGGCACCAUCUCCACUGGUACAUUGAACAUCCUUGUGGGCCAGGGCUCUGACGGCACUGAGGGAAUCGAAGCCGCGACAAUUGUGGAAGCUGCAGGCAUAACCCCCACUGGUACCUUGAAUAUCCUUGUGGGCCAGGGUUCUGAUAGUGCUGAGGAAAUCGAAGCCGCAAUGGUCGUGGAAGCUACGAUAUCUCCGGGAACAGAAGUGCCAACAAACGAAGAAGAUUCUAGCGUUGCAAAAGGAGAAAACACGACUACCAUCAAGGAGCACGAUUGA